UUUAGGGAGGAAAAUAUGUGUUUUUCUAGUCGUCAUUCACUACAUUGUGUAGCGACGCGACGGAUACAGAGAGACGGCAUCCUGUCUGUGGUGCUGCACGCGUGCAUGCAAUUCUUAUAAAAUCGGUGGGUCUGCACGCACCCCCAUCGCAGCCAUGUCUCUCCCGGCCGGCACCAUGGCAUUCGUGCCUGCCCCAAGCCCCACCGUGGUGGACCAAACCACGUUAAUGAAGAAGUACCUGCAGUUCGUAGCUGCACUAACGGAGACGAACACACCGGAUGAGACCAAGCUCAAGAUGAUGCAGGAGGUCAGCGAGAACUUUGAGAACGUGACGUCUUCGCCGCAGUACUCCACCUUCUUGGAGCACAUCAUCCCUCGCUUCCUCACCUUUCUACAGGACGGAGAGGUGCAGUUUCUGCAGGAAAAACCCACACAGCAACUGAGGAAACUCGUGUUGGAGAUCAUUCACCGCAUCCCGACCAAUGAGCACCUCCGACCGCACACCAAAAACGUCCUGUCUGUCAUGUUCCGCUUCCUGGAGAUUGAAAGUGAGGAGAAUGUAUUGAUCUGUCUCCGCAUUAUCAUUGAGCUCCACAAGCAGUUUCGCCCGCCCAUUUCUCCCGAGAUUCAUCACUUUCUAGACUUUGUGAAGCAGAUCUACAAAGACCUACCAAAAGUUGUUGCCCGGUACUUUGAGAACCCCCAAGUGAUCGCGGAGAACACGGUGCCCUCCCCAGAGAUGGUGGGCAUGAUCACCUCGGUUCUGGUGAAGACCACCCCUGAGAGGGAGGACAGCGAGACGAGAACGCACACCAUCAUCCCGCGGGGCUCGCUGUCUCUCAAGGUGCUGGCGGAGCUGCCCAUCAUCGUGGUGCUGAUGUACCAGCUCUACAAACUGAACAUACACAACGUGGUGUCCGAGUUCGUCCCUCUCAUCAUGAACACCAUCAUGCUGCAGGUCUCUCCUCAAGCCAGGCAACACAAGCUGUACAACAAGGAGCUGUACGCUGACUUCAUCGCAGCCCAGAUCAAGACCCUGUCCUUCCUGGCCUACAUCAUCCGCAUCUACCAGGACCUUGUGGGGAAGUACUCCCAGCAGAUGGUGAAGGGCAUGCUGCAACUGCUGGCCAACUGUCCCCCGGAAACCGCCCACCUCCGCAAGGAGCUGCUCAUCGCCGCCAAGCACAUCCUCACCACCGACCUGCGCAGCCAGUUCAUACCAUGCAUGGACAAACUGUUUGACGAGUCCAUCCUGAUCGGCUCCGGCUACACCGCGCGCGAGACUCUACGGCCGCUGGCCUACAGCACGCUGGCCGACCUGGUGCACCACGUCCGGCAGAACCUGCCGCUGACAGACCUGUCCCUGGCCGUGCAGCUCUUCGCCAAGAACAUCGACGACGAGUCGCUGCCCAGCAACAUCCAGACCAUGUCCUGCAAGCUGCUGCUGAACCUGGUGGACUGCAUCCGCUCCAAGUCCGAGCUGGAGAACGGCAACGGCCGGGACAUCCUCAUGAGGAUGCUGGAGGUGUUUGUGCUGAAGUUCCACACCAUCGCUCGCUACCAGCUCGUCACCAUCUUCAAAAAGUGCAAACCCCAGUCGGAGAUGGGCGUGGUCGACCCGGUGGCGCUGCCGGGGGUACCGGCGACCCCCACUCCGUCCAGCACCCCCGCCCUGCCCGCCCCGGCGCCCUCCACUCCGGCCCCCCCGGCCCCGCCUUCCGCCCCCUCCGCGGGCUUCGACCGCACGGGGGGCGGAGACAAGGAGGACAAGCAGACCUUCCAGGUGUCGGACUGCCGCAGCCUGGUGAAGACGCUGGUAUGCGGGGUGAAAACCAUCACCUGGGGCAUCACCUCCUGCAAAGCCCCCGGAGAAGCUCAGUUCAUUCCAAACAAGCAACUCCAACCCAAAGAGACACAGAUCUACAUCAAGCUGGUCAAGUACGCCAUGCAGGCCUUGGACAUCUACCAGGUACAGGUGACCAACAACCAACAGACGUACAUCAGGGUGGCCAACUGCCAGGCGGUGCGCAUGAAGGAGGAGAAGGAGGUGCUGGAGCACUUUGCCGGCGUGUUCACCAUGAUGAACCCGCUCACCUUCAAGGAGAUCUUCCAGACCACAGUGCCCUACAUGGUGGAGCGCAUCUCCAAGAAUUACGCUCUGCAGAUCGUGGCCAACUCGUUCCUGGCCAACCUGUCGACCUCAGCCCUGUUCGCCACCAUCCUGGUGGAGUACCUGCUGGAGAGGCUGCCAGAAAUGGGCUCCAACGUGGAGCUCUCCAACCUCUACCUCAAGCUCUUCAAGCUGGUGUUUGGAUCGGUGUCGCUCUUUGCUGCUGAAAACGAGCAGAUGCUCAAGCCCCACCUCCAUAAGAUCGUUAACAGCUCGAUGGAGCUGGCCCAAUCGGCUAAGGAGCCCUACAACUACUUCCUGCUCCUGCGCGCCCUCUUUCGGUCCAUCGGCGGCGGCAGCCAUGACCUGCUCUACCAGGAGUUCCUGCCCCUCCUGCCAAACCUACUCCAAGGGCUGAACAUGCUGCAGAGCGGCCUCCACAAGCAGCACAUGAAGGACCUGUUUGUGGAGCUGUGUCUGACGGUGCCGGUGCGCCUCAGCUCCCUGCUGCCCUACCUGCCCAUGCUCAUGGACCCGCUGGUGUCGGCGCUCAACGGCUCCCAGACGCUGGUCAGCCAGGGCCUGCGCACGCUGGAGCUCUGCGUGGACAACCUGCAGCCCGACUUCCUCUACGACCACAUCCAGCCCGUCCGGGCCGAGCUCAUGCAGGCCCUGUGGCGGACGCUGAGGAACCCCGUGGAGACCAUCUCCCACGUGGCCUACCGCGUCUUGGGCAAGUUCGGCGGCAGCAACCGCAAGAUGCUGAAGGAGUCCCAGAGGCUGCUGUACGUGGUGACGGAGGUGCAGGGGCCCAGCAUCAAGGCGGAGUUCACGGACUGCAAGGCCUCCAUACAGCUGCCCAUGGAGAAGGCGAUCGAGACGGCUCUGGACUGCUUGAAGAGCGCCAACACGGAGCCCUACUACCGCCGGCAGGCCUGGGAGGUCAUCAAGUGCUUCCUGGUCGCAAUGACCAGCCUGGACGACAACAAGCACGCCCUCUACCAGCUCCUGUCCCACCCAAACUUUGCUGAGAAGUGGAUCCCCAACGUGAUCAUCUCCCACCGCUACAAGGCCCAGGACACCCCGGCCCGCCGGACCUUUGAGCAGGCGCUGACGGGGGCCUUCAUGUCGGCGGUGAUCAAGGACCUCCGGCCCAGCGCGCUGCCCUUCGUGGCCAGCCUCAUCCGGCACUACACCAUGGUGGCCGUGGCCCAGCAGUGUGGCCCCUUCCUGCUGCCGUGCUACCAGCAGGGCAGCCAGCCCAGCACGGCCAUGUUCCACAGCGAGGAGAACGGCUCCAAGGGCAUGGACCCCCUGGUGCUCAUCGACGCCAUCGCCAUCUGCAUGGCCUACGAGGAGAAGGAGCUGUGCAAGAUCGGAGAGGUGGCCCUGGCCGUCAUCUUCGACGUGGCCAGCAUCAUCCUGGGCUCCAAGGAGAGGGCCUGCCAGCUGCCCUUGUUCUCUUACAUCGUGGAGCGCCUGUGCGCAUGCUGCUAUGAGCAGGCGUGGUUCGCCAAGCUGGGCGGCGUGGUCUCCAUCAAGUUCCUCAUGGAGAGGCUGCCUCUCAUCUGGGUGUUGCAGAACCAGCUCACCUUCCUCAAGGCCCUGCUGUUUGUCAUGAUGGACCUCACGGGAGAGGUGUCCAACGGGGCGGUGGCCAUGGCCAAGACCACCCUUGAGCAGCUGCUGGUGCGCUGCGCCACGCCGCUGAAGGAGGAGGAGAAGACGGAGGAGCUGCUGGCGGCGCAGGACAAGUCGUUCCACAUGGUGACCCACGACCUGGUGCGGGAGGUCACAUCGCCCAACUCCACCGUGCGCAAGCAGGCCAUGCACUCCCUGCAGGUGCUGGCCCAGGUCACUGGCAAGAGCGUCACCGUCAUCAUGGAGCCCCACAAAGAGGUGUUGCAGGACAUGGUCCCCCCGAAGAAGCACCUGCUGCGUCACCAGCCGGCCAACGCCCAGAUCGGCCUGAUGGAGGGGAACACCUUCUGCACCACCCUGCAGCCCCGCCUCUUCACCAUGGACCUCAACGUCAUGGAGCACAAGGUCUUCUACCAAGAGCUGCUGAACCUGUGCGAGGCGGAGGACGCGGCCCUGAUGAAGCUGCCCUGCUACAAGAGCCUGCCUUCCCUGGUCCCCCUGCGCAUCGCCGCCCUCAAUGCCUUGGCGGCCUGUAACUACCUGCCCCAAUCAAGGGAGAAGAUCAUCGCGGCCCUCUUCAAGGCCCUCAACUCCACCAACAGCGAGCUGCAGGAGGCGGGCGAGGCCUGCAUGAGGAAGUUCCUGGAGGGCGCCACCAUCGAGGUGGACCAGAUCCACACUCACAUGCGCCCCCUGCUGAUGAUGCUGGGCGACUACCGCAGCCUCACCCUCAACGUGGUCAACCGCCUCACCUCCGUCACGCGCCUCUUCCCCAACUCCUUCAACGACAAGUUCUGCGACCAGAUGAUGCAACACCUGAGAAAGUGGAUGGAGGUGGUGGUCAUCACGCACAAGGGAGGCCAACGCAGCGAUGGAAGUCCUGCAUUGGAAGGUGUUGAGGAGAUGAAGAUCUGCUCGGCCAUCAUCAACCUCUUCCACCUGAUCCCCGCGGCCCCCCAGACCCUGGUCAAACCCCUGCUGGAGGUGGUGAUGAAGACGGAGAGAGCCAUGCUCAUCGAGGCGGGCAGUCCGUUCCGGGAGCCGUUGAUCAAGUUCCUGACGCGCCACCCGUCUCAGACGGUGGAGCUCUUUAUGAUGGAGGCCACGCUGAACGACCCCCAGUGGAGUCGCAUGUUCAUGAGCUUCCUGAAACACAAGGACGCCAAGCCGCUGAGAGACGUCCUGGCCUCCAACCCCAGCCGCUUCGUCCCCCUGCUGGUGCCCGCCGGCACUGCGGCCGCCGUCCGCCCGGGCUCCCCCUCCACCACCACAGCCAGGCUGGACCUGCAGUUCCAUGCUAUUAAGAUCAUCAGCAUCAUCGUGAAGAACGACGAGGGCUGGCUGGCCGGCCAGCACUCCCUGGUCAGCCAGCUGCGCCGGGUCUGGGUCAGCGAGGCCUUCCAGGAGCGCCACCGCAAAGACAACAUGGCCGCCACCAACUGGAAGGAGCCCAAGCUGCUGGCCUUCUGCCUGCUCAGCUACUGCAAGAGGAACUACCUGGAGAUCGAGCUGCUCUUCCAGCUGCUCCGGGCCUUCACGGGCCGCUUCCUGUGCAACAUGACCUUCCUCAAGGAGUACAUGGAAGAGGAGAUCCCCCGCAACUACAGCAUCGCCCAGAAACGGGCCCUCUUCUUCCGCUUCGUGGAGUUCAACGACCCCCACUUCAACGACGAGCUCAAAGCCAAGGUGCUCCAGCACAUCCUGAACCCGGCCUUCCUCUACAGCUUCGAGAAAAAUGAGGGGGAGCUGCUGCUGGGACCCCCAAACCCGGAGGGCGACAACCCCGAGAGCAUCACCAGCGUCUUCAUCACCAAGGUGCUAGACCCCGAGAAGCAGGCGGACCUGCUGGACUCGCUGCGCAUCUACCUGCUGCAGUUCUCCACCCUGCUGGUGGAGCACGCGCCGCACCACAUCCACGACAACAACAAGUCGCGCAACAGCAAGCUGCGGCGCCUCAUGACCUUCGCCUGGCCCUGCCUGCUGCCCAAGGCCUGCGUGGACCCCGCCUGCAAGUACAGCGGGCACCUGCUGCUGGCCCACAUCAUCGCCAAGUUCGCCAUCCACAAGAAGAUCGUCCUGCAGGUCUUCCACAGCCUUCUGAAGGCCCACACCAUGGAGGCCCGUGCCAUCGUACGCCAGGCCAUGGCCAUCCUCACCCCGGCCGUGCCGGCCCGCAUGGAGGACGGCCACCAGAUGCUCACCCACUGGACCCGCAAGAUCAUCGUGGAGGAGGGCCACACCGUGCCCCAGCUGGUCCACAUCCUGCACCUCAUCGUGCAGCACUUCAGGGUGUACUACCCGGUGCGCCACCACCUGGUCCAGCACAUGAUCAGCGCCAUGCAGCGUCUGGGCUUCACCCCCAGCGUCACCAUCGAGCAGAGGAAGCUGGCCGUGGACCUGGCCGAGGUGGUCAUCAAGUGGGAGCUGCAGAGGAUCAAGGACCAGCUGCCGGAGGUGGAGGCCGAGGCCGGGCCCGCCGGCGAGGCGUCCACUAGCGCGUCGGGGGCCGUAAAGAGGAGCCUCCCCGCGGACAGCCCCUCCCCUGUCCCGGGCGUGGCCGCCGGGGCCGCCGCCGCCGCCGCCGCCAACCAGGACGUCAAGAGGUUCCGCACCGCCACUGGAGCCGCCACCGCCGCGUUUGGGCGUAGCACCACCAUGCCUGGCACAGAGACGCAGCUCACCAAACCUGUGGAGAAGCCCCACACAGACACUGUGGUCAACUUCCUCAUCCGGAUUGCCUGCCAGGUGAACGACAGCACCAACGUGGCGGGCUCCCCCGGGGAGCUGCUGUCGCGGCGCUGCGUCAGCCUGAUGAAGACGGCCCUGCGGCCGGACAUGUGGCCCCGCGCCGAGCUCAAGCUGCAGUGGUUCGACAAGCUGCUCAUGACCGUGGAGCAGCCGGCCCAGGCCAACUUCUCCAACAUCUGCACGGGGCUGGAGAUCCUGUGCUUCCUGCUGACGGUGCUCCAGUCGCCGGCCAUCCUGGCCCACUUCAAGCCCCUGCAGCGGGGCAUCGCCGCCUGCAUGACCUGCGGCAACACCAAGGUGCUCCGGGCCGUCCACUCGCUGCUCUCGCGCCUCAUGAGCAUCUUCCCCACGGAGCCCAGUACGUCCAUCGGCACGUCCACCGUGGCGUCCAAGUACGAGGAGCUGGAGUGUCUGUACGCAGCCGUGGGGAAGGUCAUCUACGAGGGCCUGACCAACUACGAGAAGGCCACCACUAGCGCCAACCCCACGCAGCUCUUUGGAACGCUGAUGAUCCUGAAGUCGGCGUGCAGCUACAACGCCAGCUACAUCGACCGCCUCAUCUCCGUCUUCAUGCGCUCCCUGCAGAAGAUGGUGCGGGAACACCUGAGCCUGCAGCAGGCUAACCCCGGGACGGCCGAGACCAGCACAGUGACCAGUGAGCUGGUCAUGCUGAGCCUGGACCUGGUGAAGACGCGGCUGUCCGUCAUGAACAUGGAGAUGAGGAAAAACUUCAUCCAGGUCAUCCUCACGUCGCUCAUCGAGAAGUCCGACGCCAAGAUCCUGCGGGCGGUGGUGAAGAUCGUGGAGGAGUGGGUGAAGAACAACUCCCCCAUGGCCGCCAACCAGAUGCCCAACCUGCGGGAGAAGUCGAUCCUGCUGGUGAAGAUGAUGACCUACAUCGAGAAGCGCUUCCCGGACGACCUUGAGCUAAACGCCCAGUUCCUGGACCUCGUUAAUUACGUCUACAGGGAUGAGAGCCUCUCAGGAAGUGACAUCACGUCCAAGCUGGAGCCGGCCUUCCUGUCGGGCCUGCGCUGCCCCCAGGCCCUCAUCCGGGCCAAGUUCUUCGAGGUGUUCGACUCGUCCAUGAAGCGGCGCGUCUACGAGCGGCUGCUCUACAUCUGCUGCUCCCAGAACUGGGAGGCCAUGGGCAGCCACUUCUGGAUCAAGCAGUGCACCGAGCUCCUGCUGGCGGUGUGCGAGCGGAACACCAUCAUCGGCACCAGCUGCCAGGGCUCCAUGCUGCCGUCCAUCACCAACGUCAUCAACCUGGCCGACAGCCAUGACCGCGCCGCCUUCGCCAUGGCGACGCACGUCAAGCAGGAGCCCCGCGAGCGGGAGAACAGCGAGACCAAGGAGGAGGACGUGGAGAUCGACAUUGAGCUGGCGCCCGGCGACCAGACCGCCCUCCCAAGACCAAGGAGCAGGCGGAGCGGGACGCCCGGGAACCAGCUGCACAUGCUCACCAACCGCCACGACAAGUUCCUGGACUCGCUGCGGGAGGUCAAGACGGGGGCCCUCCUGAAUGCCCUGGUCCAGCUCUGUCACAUCUCCACCCCCCUGGCAGAGAAGACCUGGGUGCAGCUCUUCCCUCGUCUCUGGAAGAUCCUCUCCGACCGGCAGCAGCAUACGCUGUCGGGCGAGAUGAGCCCCUUCCUGUGCAGCGGCAGCCACCAGGCGCAGCGCGACUGCCAGCCCUCCGCCCUCAACUGCUUCGUGGAGGCCAUGUCCCAGUGCGUGCCGCCCAUCCCCAUCCGGCCGUGCGUGCUCAAGUACCUGGGCAAGACCCACAACCUGUGGCUGCGCUCCACCAUCAUGCUGGAGCAGCAGGCCUUCGAGAAGGGCCUCAGCCUGCACGGAAAGCCCAAGCAGAGCACCGAGUUCUACGAGCAGGAGAGCAUCAGCCCGCCCCAGCAGGAGAUCCUGGACUCCCUGGCGGAGCUCUACUCCCUGCUGCAGGAGGAGGACAUGUGGGCGGGCCUGUGGCAGAAGAGGUGCAAGUUCCCCGAGACGGCCACCGCCAUCGCCUACGAGCAACAUGGCUUCUUCGAACAAGCACAAGAGAGCUACGAGAAGGCGACGGACAAGGCCCGCAAGGAGCACGAGCGCAACAGCGUGUCCCCCGCCAUCUUCCCCGAGUACCAGCUCUGUGAGGACCACUGGAUCCGCUGCUCCAAGGAGCUGAACCAGUGGGAGCCACUGACGGAGUACGGCCAGUCCAAAGGACACUCCAACCCCUACCUGGUGCUGGAGUGUGCCUGGAGGGUCUCCAACUGGGCCGCCAUGAAGGAGGCCCUGGUGCAGGUGGAGCUGAGCUGUCCCAAGGAGAUGGCGUGGAAGGUGAACAUGCACCGCGGCUACCUGGCCAUCUGCCACCCGGAGGAGCAGCAGCUCACCUACAUCGAGCGGCUGGUGGAGAUGGCCUCCAGCCUGGCCAUCCGGGAGUGGAGGCGGCUGCCGCACAUCGUCUCCCACGUGCACACACCCCUGCUGCAGGCGGCCCAGCAGAUCAUCGAGCUCCAGGAGGCGGCGCAGAUCAACGCGGGCCUGCAGCCGGCCAGCCUGGGCCGCAACACCAGCCUGCACGACAUGAAGACGGUGGUGAAGACCUGGAGGAACCGGCUGCCCAUCGUGUCCGACGACCUCUCCCACUGGAGCAGCAUCUUCAUGUGGCGCCAGCAUCACUACCAGGCCAUAGUGACGGCCUACGAGACGAACACGCAGCACGACCCCAACAACAACAACGCCAUGCUGGGCGUCCACGCCUCGGCCUCGGCCAUCAUCCAGUACGGCAAGAUCGGACGCAAACAGGGUCUGGUCAACGUGGCGCUGGACAUCCUGAGCCGCAUCCACACCAUCCCCACCGUGCCCAUCGUCGACUGCUUCCAGAAGAUCCGCCAGCAGGUCAAGUGUUACCUGCAGCUGGCCGGCGUCAUGGGCAAGAACGAGUGCAUGCAGGGUCUUGAGGUGAUCGAGUCGACCAACCUGAAGUACUUCACCAAGGAGAUGACGGCAGAGUUCUACGCCCUAAAGGGCAUGUUCCUGGCUCAGAUCAACAAGUCGGAGGAGGCCAACAAGGCCUUCUCUGCGGCCGUGCAGAUGCACGACGUGCUGGUGAAGGCCUGGGCGAUGUGGGGCGACUACCUGGAGAACAUCUUCGUCAAGGACCGGCAGCUCCACCUGGGCGUGUCGGCCAUCACCUGCUACCUGCACGCCUGCCGCCACCAGAAUGAGAGCAAGUCCCGCAAGUACCUGGCGAAGGUGAGCAGAGCGCUCUGCUGCAGAACUGCAAUAGGCUGGUGUAUGGCAACAAAAAUAAAGAUUGCGGAAGUGUUACUGUCCGUCCACACCAGAAGCGAAUUGAGCGACCAAAUCGCCGGAAGUCAUUCACUUUCUAUGGGCAAGAGCGACCAAAGCGACCAACGCUACCAGCGGCCAAAGUUGAGCGACCAGAGCGUCAAAAAGAAGUUGCCUCCGCCCGCAGACUUCGACUUCAUCGUGCCGGGCUCCAUGAAGCUGCACAACCUGAUUUCCAAGCUGAAGAAGUGGAUCAAGAUCCUCGAGGCCAAGACCAAGCAGCUCCCCAAGUUCUUCCUCAUCGAGGAGAAGUGCCGCUUCCUCAGCAACUUCUCGGCACAGACGGCUGAGGUGGAGAUCCCCGGGGAGUUCCUCAUGCCCAAGCCCACGCACUACUACAUCAAAAUCGCCAGGUUCAUGCCCAGGGUGGAGAUCGUCCAGAAGCACAACACGGCGGCCCGCCGCCUCUACAUCCGUGGCCACAACGGCAAGAUCUACCCCUACCUGGUGAUGAACGACGCCUGCCUGACGGAGUCGCGCCGGGAGGAGCGCGUGCUGCAGCUCCUCCGCCUCCUCAACCCCUGUCUGGAGAAGAGGAAGGAGACCACCAAGAGACACCUCUUCUUCACCGUGCCCCGGGUGGUGGCGGUGUCCCCCCAGAUGCGGCUGGUGGAGGACAACCCGUCCUCGCUGUCCCUGGUGGAGAUCUACAAGCAGCGCUGCGCCAAGAAGGGCAUCGAGCACGACAACCCCAUCUCGCGCUACUACGACCGCCUGGCCACGGUGCAGGCCCGCGGCACGCAGGCCAGCCACCAGGUCCUGCGGGACAUCCUGAAGGAGGUGCAGGGCAACGUGGUGCCCCGAAGCAUGCUGAGGGAGUGGGCCCUGCACACCUUCCCCAACGCCACAGACUACUGGACCUUCCGCAAGAUGUUCACCAUCCAGCUGGCGCUCAUCGGCCUGGCCGAGUUCAUGCUGCACCUCAACCGACUCAACCCCGAGAUGCUGCAGAUCGCCCAGGACACGGGGAAGCUCAACGUGUCGUACUUCCGCUUCGACAUCAACGACGCCACGGGCGACCUGGACGCCAACCGGCCCGUCCCGUUCCGCCUCACGCCCAACAUCUCCGAGUUCCUCACCACCAUCGGCGUGUCGGGCCCGCUCACCGCCUCCAUGAUCGCCGUGGCGCGCUGCUUCGCUCAGCCCAACUUCAAGGUGGACGGCAUCCUGAAGGCCGUGCUCCGGGACGAGAUCAUCGCGUGGCACAAGAAGACCCAGGAGGACACGUCCAUGCCCCUGUCCCCCGCCGGCCAGCCCGAGAACAUGGACUCCCAGCAGCUCGUCGUCCUGGUCCAGAAGGCGGUCACGGCCAUCAUGUCCCGCCUCCACAACCUGGCCCAGUUUGAGGGCGGGGAGAGCAAGGUCAACACCCUGGUGGCCGCCGCCAACAGCCUGGACAACCUGUGUCGCAUGGACCCCGCCUGGCACCCCUGGCUCUGAGACCCCCCCCCCGCCCCCAGGGUCUGGGGGUGGUGGGGCUGGGCGCUGAGCCCGGGGGCCGGAAGAGGAUGAGACGCCCUGCAGGAAGGUGAAGUCUGGUCCUGGGAGAGGAUAUGGACCAGGGGGGGACGGGGGGGACGGGGGCGACGGGGGGGACGAGGUCGCUGUGUCGCACGUUGUCGUGCGUCUCUGUAGGGGGGGAGCGAGGCGGAGAUGGGACCGGAUGUCGUUUGGCGUUGGAACUUUGCAAUCUAUGAAGUGUUUGUACUUUUUAUCGUUGAGGAAUAUGAAGCUUUGUACUCCCUCUGUGAUCACGUGUCGUUAUGAGUUGUAGGUUUUGCUCAAAUAAUUAUUUUAAGAAACACUAAAUGAUUUUCUUUUGUUGGUUUAUAAUUCAGCCACUACGCCAUACGUUUUCGCUCUGUGUUUAAUGACAUGUUGUUUCUGUUCAAGUACCUUUUUGUUUCUUUUAUUAUUUAAGCCGAGCGUUGCUCUACGACCCCCUACCAGCCUGUAAAAUGUCAACAUUCAUGAGCAACGGUCAUUCACUUUUUUUAUCCGUAUUUUGUAUUGUAACUGUUUAAUGUAUUUUUUUUAAUUUUUUUUUUAUUUUAAUUCUUGCAAAGGACCUUAGGGAGGGUCCUCCGACAGGUCUAUCAGGACUGCAGGGCGUCGAGUGAGGCACUGUCAUUUGCUACGCCCUGCUGUGAUGCAGGUACGAUUCCCUCGUAGGUAAUCCUUUGUUUGAUUUUGUAUUCCUCUUUCCAGUUUGUAAAGAAAAAAAAUUUCUUCUGCCAACCGAAUGACGGUUAUCUCUUGCCUUGUAAAUAAGCCUUUUGUUUGAAUAAAGUCAUUUUUAAUACAAA